CUAGAUGUAGUCACUGGGUGACGUACUGGGAGUGGCCAAGGCGAGAUGAUAAAGGCAGCUACGACGAGAUGUGAAACAGCAGCUUUCUGUGGAUGACAGGGGUAAUGAAUAACACGACGCUGUCCUCUGAGUGGAUAAAUGACAGCGAAGACGUGUGUCAGCAGUGCCAUUUUGAUAUUUCUAAAGCAGAACUGCCAAUUGUGCUUUUGCUGACCCUCAUCCUAAACGCGGUUGCAAUAUACGUCUUGGUCAAAAUUCGCCCAACUUGUAUUAGUGUGGACCAUACAUGCGUGCUGGCCCUGGCUAUCAAUGACUUCGUCACUGCUGCUCUUUACUCUGUAAUGUGGAUUGGGGGUUGGAUUAAAUGUGGAUGUCUCAUGGAUCGGCACUUGUGCAACGCUCUCGGCUGGUUUGCGACCUCCAUGGUGAUCUGGUCUGCCUGGGUUGUCAUUAUUAUGGCGGGGUGUCGGUAUCUCGCUACCGUGAAACCGCUUUAUUAUAGAAGCCACGUGUCUAUCUCCAACGUUCAAGUCUCCAUGGUUGUGACUCUGUGCCUUACCUUCCUUCAACUAAUUUUCCCUUUCUUUGGUGUGACUUCUCAGUACAAGUUUUAUCCCGGGAACAGAAUUUGUGCUUACGAUUUCUCCCCGGGAGCCGGUGGAGCUGCACAUAGGUGGAUGCUGGGAUUUUUGUCUGCAGAGGGACUCGUGGCGUCCAUUGUGGUGUUGUACCUUAAUGUUUGUAUCAUAUGUAAGAUGCGCCAAAAGAAUGCUAUUCACACGGAGUGUUCGACUGUCAGUUCCGAUCUUCACCAGACUAAAAAGACAGCGCUAGCAAAUGUCACCAAAGUCGUGUCCGCGCUUUUCUUUAUUUGCUACACUCCCUUUCUGGUGCGUGUAAUGUAUGACGUAAUAAUGAAUGCCCCGGAUCAGAACGCGACGCAUCAUCAGAUAACCAUGGUGUUAUUGUUCCUCAGUCCGUUACUGAAUCCAUUCAUUUAUGUCGGCUGUAACAGGCGCUACAGAGAAUACAUAAUACAAAGCUCCCGGAAGGUGUGGUCUAAGAUUAGGCCCCACUUACCUAAUUCUGAAGAAAGACAAUCAGCAGAAACUAUUGAAAAUGGGGAACCAACAGCUGAAUGCAAUACAUCAAGCGUGUGACGACACAUGAUUGAUCGAUUGGUUAAUUGAUGUUUUCCGCCACAUCUCAACAGUUUUUCAGUUAUCUGGUGGCGCCCAGUUUUUAUUGGUGAAAGAGAGAAUCCAGAUAUGUGCCUGGGAAGAGACCACAGACCUUCCGAAAGUAAACUGGGAAACUUUCUCACUUACCGGCGCCGACCAGAGGUUAGAGGCCGUGUGAUUUUGAGCACGAUGCUCUAACCACUGAAUUACUGAACACAAAUAUUUACGUCAUCAUCGUAAUGAUUACUUUAAGGCUCUACAUGUAUCAUGAUGCGGUAUCUUUUUUCCUUAAUCUUAGCCAUAAUUUAAAUUAUACAAGAUUUCAACAUACAGCAACUUCUUCGGGACGGAACUUAGCCGUGCUAUAAAUACCACUGCACUGUACAUACAUGUACAGCUUACACGUACAUGUAACCGUUCCAUAACCAUACAUAAAAACAAUGAUUUAUAUUAUUAAAAUACAAUAACAUUUCAUUGAAUGAUGAAAACAUAAAAAUGCAACAAAUAAACGAAUUAAACAUUGAUAUGUUGAAUUCAUUAACACAGAAAAUUAAAUGCAUGUUUAAGUUAAUAUAAUAAUUCUCAAGUGCAAAAAACAACAACAAACAAACAUGGAUAUAAUUCCCUGUCAGUGAGUUAUUCCAUUUUCACAACAUGAGCUGCAACCCUCAUUGGUGUAGUGUAUGCUAACCGUUAUGGGAUCUAAUACUCUUGUGUCCUUGCAUAUUGAUAUUGCAUAUGUUUGUAAAAGUAGUUUUGAAAUAAACAGCGCCAUGUUUA